UUUGAAACCCCACCUCUCUCUCUCUCUCUCUCUCUCCGGCUUCAAUGUUCUCAGCUCAAAAUGGUUUGCGUCGUGGAUGAGAGCAUAUGAAGGUGAAUGUUCAGAUCAUAGUUUUUCAUACUACUUUGAGUACUUUCAUUCGUUUGAGAUUGAGUUACUUCAGAUGGUUCAACAGAUGACUGAUUCUAAGUUUAGCGGAUAUGGGCUGCCUUAUUGUGAAACUCGCUUGGCCAAUCAAGAUAAUCAACCCACAUUGCCUGCGACUGCAAAGAAGACCCCUCUGAGAGAUCUGCAGAAUGAAGUUAGAAUUACAGGACCCAAAUCUAUGGAAAAAUCUUUAUUUCAUACGGAGAGUGGACCUAUAAUUGAGGAUUCUAAGGCUUGUGGUACCAAAAGACCUGCGCCUGAGUAUCUCGUGAGCCCACUGCACCUCCAGUCUCCAACUAAUGCUGCGAAUGGGCAUCUUGUGUACGUUCGUAGAAGACCGGACAUGGAACUAGCUAAAAGCAGCACUUCCGACAACACUAGCAAUAUUACCGACGUUCCACAAGGAGAUAGAAAACUUGGUGGCCACGAUGUGAUAACAGAAAUUAUCAACGUUCCACAAGGAGAAAGAAAACUUGGUGGCCACGAUGAGAUAACGGAAACAAAAUCCCAUAGAAAGGAACCUGAGGUUUGUGUUCCAGAAGUUGCACCUAUCACAAGAGCUUCUUUGAUGAGCUUCUCAUCUGGAAAGCCUUCAGUUUCUCCCUUACCAAAUUCUAAUCAUCAUCCCAUUUCUCCUGCCAUCCCUCCAUUGGAAUAUCCAAAGAAAAUGCAUAGUCGGCACUGGGAAGAGCGAUAUUGCCAAUUGCAGGACUUGUUAAAAGUGUUGGAUCAGUCAAAUCAAGAAGAUUACAUGCAGAUGCUUCGAUCGCUCUCCUCAGUUGAACUUAGCAGACGUGCUAUUGAACUAGAAAAGAGAUCAAUUCAACUUUCUUUGGAGGAAGCAAAAGAGAUACAAAGGGUUCGGCUUUUUGAUGUCCUGGGUAAAUAUCCAAAGAUUUCUAGAUCACCCUUUGCUCAACAAGGGCAGUUAGAGUACUGAUAGGAUGCAAUGAACCUAGGGUUCAUUGUGCUCUGGACUCAAGAGCAUGAUUUCUUUCUCUUUUUCCCUAAAUUUCUGUGUGGCUGUCCUUCAAUUAGCUUGCUGUUAUUUCCUGUAAAAAUCUUCCUGUACCUGUUUCUGUUGAACUCCGUACUGCCAACAGUUAAACCUGUUGAUAAUGGCAGACGCUGUAAUGUAGUAACCCUUAAAUCAUUUGUAGCUAUUCUCUCAGCCUAUCUUUAGGUUCUUAAAACCUGUGCCUUCUUACCCUGUAAAGUUGCAUACUUUAGAGUCGCUGAAGACACACAGUCAGUGAUGAAAAUGAACGCCGAAUGUAACAAUUAUGUUUGGAUGGUUAUCUGUUAUCGUGGGCACAACCUGUAAUAUAUGAAGCAAUUGGUUAGCACUGUAUCAUUGUAAUGUUAGCUAUGAUUUUUCCUGGUUGUCUUUGUAACUGUAAGCAGUUAUUACUAAAUAAUACACACCUUAUGGAUUGCGGUC